UUUACAUGGGUCUCGGGUAUCGAACUCAGAUAGCUUUAACAGCGGACAGCCGUUUCGCAGGCCCUGGUGAUUCGAUUUCUGUCGAAUUCAUUCCCGAAUUACUUGGGAUCCUGACGAAUGUGCGGGAGCCUGAGUGUUGACAGCUGGGUUGAAAGAGGGGCGGCGGAGCCUCGCGCAUGCGCGCUGCUCCGGGAGACGGCGUCCAUCUGGCCCCGCCCCUAGUGUUCUGCAGUUCUGGCUCUGCAGAUUCGUCGCUCACGUUUCUCUUUCCCGUAGACCCCACUUCUCUUUGUUCCUGUCUUCGUGUCGCUCUCGAAACGAUUCUUCCAGAACAAAAGCUUGAAUCGGUGUUGCGCUUUUCUCGGUACGCAGCGGGCGCCUCGGCCUGUGACGAAAGUGUGGCUGCGGACGAGCAGGUACCCGCGGAGCUAGGCAGAGGCGCGUUGGGGCUCCCGGCGGCGGCGACGACGACGACGAACGGAGCGGACGGAGGCGGCGCCUGAGGCCGCGGCGAAGCCCAUGCCCCGGAACGGCGGGCGGGCCCGGAGAGACGAGUCCGGGGCCCGGGGCAUGUCCCCGGGGCCCCCGUGAGGAGGAGGAGGCGGCGGCGAUGGAGAUCCCGCCGCAGGAGGCUCCGCCCGGGCCGGGCGCGGACGCCGAGGCGGACGCGGACGCCGAGGAGGCCCCAGCCGAAGCCGGGUCUCCUAGCGCGGCCUCGUCCCCGGCCGACGGGCGCCUCAAGGCUGCAGCCAAACGCGUCACCUUCCCGUCGGACGAGGACAUCGUGUCCGGAGCGGUGGAGCCCAAAGACCCCUGGAGACACGCCCAGAACGUGACUGUGGAUGAAGUGAUCAAUGCCUACAGGCAGGCCUGCCAGAAGCUGAACUGCCGACAGAUCCCGAAGCUCCUCAGGCAGCUGCAGGAGUUCACGGACCUCGAGCAACGCAUCAACUGCCUGGACCUAAAAGGGGAGAAGCUUGACUACAAGACCUGUGAGGCUCUGGAGGAGGUCUUCAAGAGGCUGCAGUUCAAGGUGGUGGACCUGGAGCAGACCAACCUGGAUGAAGAUGGUGCCUCAGCCCUCUUUGACAUGAUUGAGUACUACGAGUCGGCCACACACCUCAACAUUUCUUUCAACAAGCACAUUGGCACCCGGGGCUGGCAGGCUGCUGCCCACAUGAUGCGCAAGACAAGUUGCCUACAGUACCUGGAUGCCCGAAACACACCCCUGCUGGACCACUCUGCACCCUUUGUGGCCCGCGCCCUCCGCAUCCGCAGCAGCCUGGCGGUGCUGCACCUAGAAAAUGCCAGCCUGUCCGGGCGGCCCCUCAUGCUGCUGGCCACAGCUCUGAAGAUGAACAUGAACCUGCGGGAGCUGUACUUGGCGGACAACAAGCUCAACGGCCUGCAGGACUCAGCCCAGCUGGGCAACUUGCUCAAGUUCAACUGCUCCCUGCAGAUCCUGGACCUGCGCAACAACCACGUGCUAGACUCAGGCCUGGCCUACAUCUGCGAGGGUCUCAAGGAGCAGAGGAAGGGUCUAGUGACCCUGGUGCUGUGGAACAACCAGCUCACGCACACAGGCAUGGCCUUCUUGGGCAUGGCGCUGCCGCACACACAGAGUCUGGAGACACUGAACCUGGGUCACAACCCCAUUGGGAAUGAGGGUGUGCGCAACCUCAAGAACGGGCUCAUCAGCAACCGGAGCGUGCUGCGCCUCGGCCUGGCCUCAACCAAGCUCACAUGCGAGGGCGCGGUGGCCGUGGCAGAGUUCAUCGCCGAGAGCCCCCGCCUCCUGAGACUGGACCUCCGGGAGAACGAGAUCAAGACAGGCGGGCUCAUGGCACUGUCCUUGGCCCUCAAGGUGAACCACUCUCUGCUUCGCCUGGACCUGGACCGAGAGCCCAAGAAGGAGGCGGUGAAGAGCUUCAUCGAGACGCAGAAGGCCCUACUGGCCGAGAUUCAGAACGGCUGCAAGCGCAACUUCGUGCUGGUGAGAGAGCGGGAGGAGAAGCAGCAGCUGCAGGUGUCGGCCUCCAUGCCCGAGAUCACCAUCACCGCACCCCCGCCCCUGGAAGAGCCUGGGGACCUGCCAGCCAUGGGGGCGCAGAACGGGGCCCCUAGCCCUGGGCCUGACCCUGACUCAGACUCGGACUCAGACUCUGACCGGGAAGAGCAGGAGGAGGAGCAGGAGGAGGAGGAGGAGGAGGAGGAGGAGGAGCAACAGGACCAGCAGAGGGCCGAGGGCGGCGCUGACCAGAGUCCCUCAGCCCCGUGCCCUGCCCUCGUACCCUCCACGGACUCCCUAGGCCCUGGGGAUAAGAGCCCCCCAGGCAGCCCCUCCUCCCCCACUGAGCAGCGCAUCUCUGUCUCCAGCCCAGGCCGAGGCCACAAGGUGUUUGUGGUGACCCGGGUGGAGAGUCCACCCGAGAGGCCAGAGCCCCCUCUUCCCCCCACCUUUGUCUCCUCUCCUCCACCCUCCCCUCCCUCCCCACCUGCCUCUCCACCAUCUCAGACCAUGGACAUCCAGGACCCAGAGUCAUCCGAGGCUCAGCCCCAGCCGGAGCCAUCUCAGGCAGGGCAGCCUCUGCCCAACGGCCUGAAGCCUGAGUUUGCCCUGGCACUGCCCCCAGAGCCACCCCCAGGGCUGGAGGCUAAGGGGGGCAGCUGCAGCCUGGAGCACGCACUGCACCGCCCCCAGGGUGCCAGCAAGCUAGAGGAACUGCUUUUAGAGGCCAGUCAGGAGGCCCCGCGGGACACACUGUGACACUUUCUUUAGUUCCGGCCGGUCUGUGAUGAGCUGAAGCCAUCCCCAAGGAUCUGCUGCCUCCCCGCCUAGUCCCCCAGGAAGCCAGGCGGGGUACCCCAGGCCUCGCUCAGAAACACGACAGCCACAGGGGCGCGGGGCUGGGAGUGCUUCCCGGACCCGAGCACGUAUUUAUGUGUCUGCCGCUCCCCAGGUUGGGGCUGGGGUGGACAGGAGGAAGAGGACGGUCGGAGGAGCUCUCCAGGGUCACUGGCCACAAGGCUGCUCUGGUCCUGGAGGGCCAGUGACCAGCCUGCCCUGGGAGGGGUAGGAGGCAGGGCAGGUGUAGGAUGGCCCCUGGCCCCUUUCAACACCUGGCUGGUGAGCGUGGUGGUGGAGUUUGCCAGCCCCUGUGGGGUGGGGCCAGUGGGAAGGAAGAGAGCUUUCUUUCUUAAGUGCAAUAAAAUCUAUCAGGGAACUGGGCACGCAGCAGUGGGGCUCUGGGACCCUGCUGCCCAGGCCACUGAGGCUGCGCCCUGGCAGGCACUACAGCAGUGG